CAUUCAUGCCGAGUUGAAUGCUCUACUCAAUGCUAAAUUGUGUCGAGGAGUGGACCUUAAAAGUGCUCCCUUUACACCACCGACCCACCGUGUCUUGCCUGCACCGUGGCCAUUCUUAAGGCUGGGCUUAGAGUCGUGGUAUACGGAGACCGUGACAAACAGGGCCUGACGAAGGAUGUGCAUCAUCUGGUGUAUCGUGAAAAAGCUUGUUUCAAGUCGAGAAAUGCCAUACUUUACAGACUAUUUCAUGGCAAUGGCAUUUUUGUCUUCUACAAGAAGUAAAGACAAGAAACAUUAU